AUGAUUAAAAACUUGUCUGUGCGCUUUUGCUUCAGUCUCGUAUCUCUCAGAACUUUCCCUUUUACCCAAUAUCAGCAGGGUCUACAGAGAACCUACACAGACGCUACACAGACGCUACACAGACGCUACACAGAUGCUACACAGAAGCUACACAGACGCUACACAGACGCUACACAGACGCUACACAGACGCUACACAGACCUUACACAGACCCUGCACAGACCCAGCACAGACCCUACACAGACCAGACCCUACACAGACCCAGCACAGACCCAGCACAGACCCAGCACAGACCCUACACAGACCCAGCACAGACCCAGCACAGACCCAGCACAGACCCAGCACAGACCCAGCACAGACCCUACACAGACCCAGCACAGACCCUACACAGACCCAGCACAGACCCAGCACAGACCCAGCACAGACCCUACACAGACCCUACACAGAUCCUGCACAGACCCAGCACAGACCCAGCACAGACCCAGCACAGACCCUACACAGACCCUACACAGACCCAGCACAGACCCUACACAGACCCAGCACAGACCCAGCACAGACCCAGCACAGACCCUACACAGACCCAGCACAGACCCUACACAGACCCUACACAGACCCAGCACAGACCCUACACAGACCCUACACAGACCCAGCACAGACCCUACACAGACCCAGCACAGACCCAGCACAGACCCUACACAGACCCAGCACAGACCCUACACAGACCCUACACAGACCCAGCACAGACCCAGCACAGACCCUACACAGACCCUACACAGACCCAGCACAGACCCAGCACAGACCCAGCACAGACCCAGCACAGACCCAGCACAGACCCAGCACAGACCCUACACAGACCCUACACAGAUCCUGCACAGACCCAGCACAGACCCAGCACAGACCCAGCACAGACCCUACACAGACCCUACACAGAUCCUGCACAGACCCUACACAGACCCUGCACAGACCCUGCACAGACCCUACACAGACCCUGCACAGACCCUGCACAGACCCUGCACAGACCCUGCACAGACCCAGCACAGACCCAGCACAGACCCAGCACAGACCCUGCACAGACCCUGCACAGACCCUGCACAGACCCAGCACAGACCCAGCACAGAUCCUGCACAGACCCUACACAGACCCUGCACGGUGGUCGCCACGGAAACCAAAACAAUAGGAAUCAGUGGCAGUUUAUGGUUGGAUGAAGAUGAGUGGAGAAAGAGACUACAAAUCAAGCACUCGACCCCCCCCCAGAAGUAG